CAGUCGUUGCCUCUGAGAGCUGAAAUGGCACAGAGAGAUCAGCUGGACCAAGAAUCCUUCUCUUGUGUGAUCUGUCUGGACCUACCGAAGGAUCCGGUGGCUAUUCCCUGUGGACACAGCUACUGUAUGAGCUGUAUUAAAGGAUUCUGGGAUGGAGAGGAUCAGAGGAAGAUCUACAGCUGCCCUCAGUGCAGAGAGGCCUUCACACCGAGGCCUGUCCUGAAGAAAAACACCAUGUUAGCAGCAUUAGUGGAGCAGCUGAAGAAGACUGGACUCCAAGCUGCUCCUGCUGAUCACUGCUAUGCUGGACCUGAAGAUGUGGCCUAUGAUGUCUGCACUGGGAGGAAGCUGAAAGCCUUCAAGUCCUGUCUGGUGUGUCUGGCCUUUUACUGUGAGAAUCACCUCCAGUCUCACUAUGAAUCACCUACAUUUAAAAAACACGAGCUGGUGGAGCCCUCCAAGAAGCUCCAGGAGAACAUCUGCUCUCGUCAUGAUGAGGUGAUGAAGAUAUUCUGCCGUACAGAUAAGAAGUGUAUCUGUUAUCUGUGCACUAUGGAUGAACAUAAAGGCCACGACACAGUCCCAGCUACAGCAGAAAGGACUGAGAGGCAGAGAGAGCGCGAGGUGAGUCGAUUAAACAUCCAGCAGAGAAUCCAGCACAGAGAGAAAGAUGUGAAGCUGCUUCAACAGGAGGUGGAGGCCGUCAGUCUCUCUGCUGAUAAAGCAGUGGAGGACAGUGAGAAGAUCUUCACUCAGCUGAUCCGUCUCCUCCAGAAAAGAAGCUCUGAUGUGAAGCAGCAGAUCAGAUCCCAGCAGGAAACUGAAGUGAGUGGAGUCAAAGAGCUUCAGGAGAAGCUGCAGCAGGAGGUCACUGAGCUGAAGAGGAAAGACGCUGAACUGAAGCAGCUCUCACACACAGAGGAUCACAACCAGUUUCUACACAACUACCCCUCAGUGUCACAACUCAGUGAACCUACAGACUCAUCCAGCAUCAAUAUCCGUCCUCUCAGAUACUUUGAGGAUGUGACAGCAGCUGUGUCAGAGCUCAGAGAUAAACUACAGGACAUCCUGAGGGACGAAUGGACAAAUAUCUCAGCGGCAGUGACUGGAGUGGACGUUUUACUGCCAGAACCAGAACCAGAGCCAGAACCCAAGACCAGAGCUGAUUUCUUAAGAUAUUCACGUGAAAUCACUCUGGAUCCAAACACAGCAAACACAUAUCUGUUAUUAUCUGAUGAGAACAGAAAAGUAAGAUGGACGAGACAACAACAGUCUUAUUCUUGUCACAUAGACAGAUUCACUGAAUGGUGGCAGGUCCUGAGUAGAAAUAGUCUGACUGGACGUUGUUACUGGGAGGUGAAGAGGAGAGGAGAAGGAAGAGUUCAUGUAGCAGUCGCAUACAAGAAUAUCAGCAGAGCAGGAAAUGAUUCUGUAUUUGGAUGUAAUGACAAAUCUUGGUCUUUAUAUUGUUACCCUAACAGGUAUGUAUUUUGGUUCAACAACAUUGAAACUCCCGUCUCAGGUCCUGAUUCCUCCAGAGUCGGAGUGUACCUGGAUCACAGAGCAGGUAUUCUGUCCUUCUACAGCGUCUCUGAAACCAUGACUCUCCUCCACAGAGUCCAGACCACAUUCACUCAGCCUCUCUAUGCUGGACUUUAUGUUUAUCCAGGAGCAGCUGAGUUGUGUAAAGUGAAAUAG